AUGGCAGGUCCUAGCAAAUCUCUGGUCCUUGACCCGGCCCUGCAGAAAUACUACGAACUCAACGCGAACCGCUACAAGUACUUCCGCUGGACCCCGCGCCAUGCCUGGCUGUCUUUCGUCUACAUGGCUCUGAUCCCUGGCACGCUGGGCUACCUCGCCUACAAGACUGAGGGCAAAUAUGAACUCCGCGGCAAGCGCAAGGGAGACCCCGUGUCGGAGUGGUAG